AGAGGGAAGGCUGGGCGCGAGAUUUGGCGGGAUAUAGAAACGGAGCAGGAGAGUGGCUGAGAGGCAGCAGCGGAGAGCUGAGGUCCCCUAUAAGCCAGACAUACAUACACACACAUAUACAUACAGACGCUGUCUCUCACCCGGCUGCCUGGGGAUAUGGUGACCCUACCGUUGGUACUCAGUCAGCCAACAGCGACCUUCAGUCCAUGUAUUAAUGAUCGGAGAUUGACCAUCCUGAAGCCCCCGAGCGAGUGAGUGACUGAGAAGGAAGAAGAGGGAGGUAACCGUCCUUGACAGUGAUGGCCAAGCGAGCUCGGAGACUCGCUGCCAUUCUCAGGCCUCAGACUGAAUGAAGGCCAGGAUAUUUGCACAGUGAACCUGUCAGCAGCAAAUUGAAGAUGAUGAUGAUGAACAUCUGUUCCAAGAUCGUGACUAUGAUAUGCCUCAACAGAAAGGUACAAAGAAGCUCUGUAACAAAGUUAAAUGGAUACCUGAUGAGGAUGAGAAGUUAAAGAAGUUGGUAGAGGAACAUGGUACAGAAGAUUGGAAUUUCAUUGCUAGUCAUUUUCUUAACCGAACAGAUGUUCAAUGCCAGCAUAGGUGGCAAAAAGUUUUGAAUCCAGAGCUAAUAAAAGGACCAUGGACCAAGGAGGAAGAUCAAAAGGUAAUUGAGUUAGUUCAGAAAUAUGGUCCAAAGCGAUGGUCUCUAAUUGCCAAAUACCUGAAAGGCAGGAUUGGUAAACAAUGCCGGGAAAGAUGGCACAAUCAUUUAAAUCCCGAAGUUAAAAAAUCAUCUUGGACAGAAGAGGAAGACAAGAUCAUUUAUGAAGCACAUAAGCGUUUGGGAAAUCGCUGGGCUGAGAUUGCAAAGUUACUUCCUGGAAGGACAGAUAAUUCAAUCAAGAACCAUUGGAAUUCCACAAUGCGAAGGAAAGUUGAGCAGGAAGGAUACCUGCAGGAGGCACCCAAAUGUGACUUGCUUCCAAGCAUCCAGCAACAGAAAGUAGCAUCUCGGACACCUCUGAACACAGUGCAGUUCCAGAACCAGUUUUUCAUUCCUGUGUCUACACAAGCCCUUAGACACCAGUACUUAGGUACAGAAGAAUCUUGCACAGAAAAUACCACAACAGGUUUUACUCAACAACCAUAUGUUGAUGACGAUCCUGAUAAAGAACAAAGAAUAAGGGAACUUGAACUCCUCCUAAUGUCAGCCGAGAGUGAAGUCAGAAGAAAACGAGCAGGAGCUUCACAAGAAACUGCUGAUUUCACCUGCUGGUCAAGAAGUCUUUUUGGUGAUGAAAGUUUAUCUAGUACGUUGAGUAGCCUGGAGGAUAAAGCAAGUGAAAUCUGUACGAAGGAGCAGCUCCAGGAGACUAGCACACCUGUACAACAGGCAUCCCUGAACCGUUUUCUUGUACAGGAGGAGAAUUCAGUCCUCAAUACACUGCAUUCAAUUCCUGACUUUACUAAGACGUUUGAGCUAAUUGAAGCGGAUUCUGUAGUGUGGAAUGAGUUAACAAACUUUGACUUCUCUGAAGCAAAUGAAAAGACACCUGCUAAGCAGACUCCAGCUAAAUUUGAACGUUUACAGCACAGAAGUGGAAUAGGUUAUCGCUUUGAUGGCCAUGCCAUUUCAGAUCUGAGCAGAAGUACCUGCAGUAACAGCAGUGGGCAGGGUGAACUCAUUCCGAUAACAUCCCCUAUCGUUGCUAAAUUCAGUACACCACCAACCAUACUGAGGAGGAAAAGGAGACUUCGGCUUGGCCCAUCUCCGUCCAGUGACUGUAACAGUGUUUCUUUCAUGGACAAUAGCACAACAAGCCCAAAAAGUACUCCAGUAAAAACACUGCCCUUUUCUCCUUCUCAGUUUUUUAACAUCUGCUCCGGCAAUGAUCAUCUGAGUCUUGAUAAUCCAGCACUUACUUCAACUCCCGUCUGUGGACAAAAAGUUCUGGUCACAACUCCGCUACGCAAAGACCAAACACCUCGGGUUCAAAAGGAAAAUGCAGGUUUCAGGACUCCCACAAUAAGACGAACGGUUUUGGACAGCACACCAAGGACGCCUACACCCUUUAAGAAUGCACUGGCUGCUCAAGAAAAGAAAUAUGGGCCUCUGAAAAUGGUGCCUCAGUCACUUGCACACUUAGAAGAGGAUAUUCGAGAGGUCUUAAAGAAAGAGACUGGUACUGACAUAUUACUUGGGGAAGGAAUGGAUCCCAUCUUCAAAAUCUGUGAGCAAGAGCACACUGUUCCAUUCAAGAAAGUACGAAAAUCUCUUGUUUUAGACACAUGGAUUAAGGAUGAAAUUGGUACUCAAAAGUUCACACAGACCUCUGUUUCAGAUGUACAGUCUGAAAGCCUGUUGACCAGCUCAUUACUGAGGACGUUUUUGCCUGAAAAAUCAGACAUCGCCACAAGUACAUGGAGCAGAAAUGUUGUCUUUUCCGAGAUAAAGCAACGAAAUACUUCAAAAGCUGUACGAUUUGAAACUCCAAUUCAGAUGAGCAGUGAAUGGGAAGCUGUAGCUUGUGGGAAGACGGAAGAUCAGCUGAUAAUGACUGAACAGGCUCGGAGAUACCUGAAUGCAUUUAAUGGCAGCAACACAAGCAGGAGCCUGAUCCUAUAACUGCUCACUGCUGAAGGAGCCCUAUCAAUUUACACUAAAAAUGAUCCAGAUUAUUUGGAGCGGAAGUGUUUAAUCGUAAACCUAACUCCUAACCCACCUAAGGCAUGAUUUCUGUCAAGAGGCUUAAGUUGGUUAAAAAUUCUGACAUUUUUUCUUAAAAAAAAGCUAACCAAAACUAAAAUGAAGCUGCUUUUGCUAAAUGUAAUGUGUGCUUAUAUUUAAAGCCAAAUGAAACACAAUGGAUGGAAAGGUGGAGAUGAGUACUGUCUUGAGUUGCACUCUUUUGUCUUGAAUAUGCUGUAAAAAGAACAGACUAAAUGCUAUUGAUGGAUAUAAUGCCAUAUAAUGGGUAAUUGUCAUGUAGUUAUAUUUUUGCAACUGAUCCAAAUUCUUAACCAAAUAUAUUGACCAAUUAGGAUUUGUUGCUUGGAAUCAAGCAUUAAAAAUUAAACCAACUGAUAUCAGAUAUUUGGCAAUUGACGAAACUAAGAUAAUUUCCUGUUGUAUGGUAUGCUUUAUUUUGAGCAUAUGUUAAUAUAUGAUCAAAUAAAUGUAAGUGAAGCAUAAGACCAAGUGUUUUUAUAAUGUAUGUAGACAGGAUGAAGAAUUCUUUUUUAUUUCACUUUAGUGAAAUACCAGUAUUUAACAUAAGUUUCUGAAACGUGAGGUAGCGUCUUGAAUGUAUUGUAUGUAGAAGCAGGGAAAAGUUAUUAAUUGGGAGGAAAGUGUACAUUUUCUUAAAUUAUUUUCAGCUUAAUAGUAUUUAUGUGUAUGGAUCGAGCACCUGGGAGACAAUGUUGAUUCCUGUUUAUAAGAAAAGAUUUCUAUUCGUCACAAAUUCCAAAAAAUGCACACUUAUUAGAUGAAUUUUCUUCAUAUUUAGAUACUUAAAAGAAAUGCAAAUAUCUUGAGGUAUAACCAUUUAAAGUGGACUGGUUUAUUGAGGGGUAGGAGCUGGUAUUCACUUUCAGUUGUCUCCUUAUUCCAUUGAGUACUUGGAUCCAAGACAUGGGCAGAGGAAAGAAAACUUUCCUCAUCUUUCUUUGCAUAAGGUAACUGCUGAUUAAUGCUCCUGUUUAAAACUACUCUUGCAUUGCUACCCCACUCCUCAUCAUAGCUUCCAGGAGAGGUGGCUGAAGCAGAAUGCCAACUGUGCACAACUUGCAUCUUAAGCAUUUUACAGUAGCAUAUCCUGCCUCUGUAAAUAUAAAUAAUACCAUUCCACUUCCAAACCUAGCCACAAUUGCAAUAUCAUUUAUAUUCUGCACUUAUAUGUUUCAUCAAUAAUGGAUGUGCACAAAUGCUAGCUUGUUAAAUUGAGAAUUGACUAAACAACCAAAGGACAUGAAAUGUUUUGUUCUUGAUCUGGUCUGCUGUUCAUGUUUUUUUUUAGCAAGAUAUUGCAUGCAAUUCCAUUAUUAGUCAGUUGCACCUUAAUAUUGCAAUUCAUAUGUUUAACCAGUUUUCAUAAAAUAUAUAUAUGCUUCCAUAAAUGUACUUUAAGCAAAGAUGUUCUAUUUAAUACAAGAAGCAUUAACUACAAUUGCAAUCUACAAUUUAUGAAAAAUUGUUAGUUAUUUUUCUUUUCAUAACAUCACGUCUGAUUAAUAUUUUCAUGGCAUAAUGAUCUAAUUCUCAAUGCAUCAUAUGUUUAUAAAUUGUGGUGAGAGGGAAGCUUUUUAGCAACUUUAAAGCAGUAGUAAAAUUCAAUAUUGGGUGGUCAGUUAUAUUGUGAAUAUUGGAGUCCAAAAAAUCAAAUUGCAUUAUAGCUGAACCAUGUUAAUAAGAGCUUUAUUUUCAACUAACAAAAGGAAGUUUUGAAUAAAUAUUUGCCUCUCUUGGGAGCCAUGAAAUCCAUGUGCUAAAAGUGAAUUUAUGAAUUAUACUGAACGACACAUUAACUAGUUUCCAGUCUAUACUGUGCUACAACUUCAGCGAUAAAAGAUUGUCUGCUGAAUUCAAUAUCAGAUCAAUUCAUUUUAAUUAUCUUUUGCAUGCUUUUACAAAGCUAGUUAAAUUGCCCUUUUCUAUUAAUUUUAAGUUAUAUGUUCAUAUUGCCUCCCCUUAUUGUAGUCAUGCAGCUAUAAUGACCAGUCAUCUCCAUAAAGCUUAUAUUUUCUAAACUCAAUUCAUAGUCUAACCAUAUUGCAGCAAAUUGGAGGGCAAAAACACCUGCCAUUCAAGCUCAGUAUCAUUUUUUUAAAAAUCAGUUUGUAUACUUUUUAAAAAGAUAAGCAUAAAGCUAAACCACCUAAUCUUAAAAAUAUCUGAAGAGAGAAAUAAAUUGUAUUAGACCUACUGAAUGUUAAAUAAAUGAUUUCCCAAAUCUAAGAACUUUUGAUUUCAUGCGGAUGUAAAACAUUGGCUUCAACUUGCCUAAUCUGAAGAUAUUUGCACUUUUACUUUAAAGAAAUGUGUGUAUGUUUUUCUUUGUAGAAAGGUUUUAGUUAUGUGGAUCUGCAGAGUAAAAAUGUGUGCAUGGAAAUGUAGCACUGACAUGUAAAAAAAAGUACAUAGUUCUUAAAUAGCUAUAAAAUAUUUAGACACUUUCCUCUCCUGAGUCAUACUGCUAUGUGUAAUAGCAGGGUAUGCUUGCUGCUAAUGAGAGAUGGACAAGGGAGCAUCUGAUGCACUGUGUAUAGAAUGUACAUAGUUUGUAUGAUGGAAACAGUGAUUCUGUAACAUUUAACAGCUAUUUUAUGUGUGAAGGUUCUAUCUUGCAUGCUGUGUUGGCUAAGCACAUUUUAAUUGGACACUUUUUGAAGGUUUUUUUUUGUUUUUUUUUAAUUUUUGUUUUCUUUAGCUGGUUUUGUUUCUGCAGGGUUGAAGUGUUGAAUGUCAUACAUGUAGCAGUUGUAUAAAUCCUGCAGUUGCUCUGAUUUGUGUAGUCUCUACAGAUUUACGUAAUACAAUUUUGAUUAUCAGUCUUGCAUUAUUCACAAUGCUGCAUAAAUACUGAAUGGUUGUUUAGUUAUGCCAUUAUACUGCCAUCUGGGUUAAGCUUCUGCAGUGAUCUGUCACAUGUAUUUUAUUGUACUGGUGCUUGUUCUUUCCUUGCCAGGAUCAAAAAGUGGAGCACCAACUGUCCAUGUAGAACAUAUUUAUGUUGUCAAAUUAAAUUGCUCUGUGCUAUCAUGUAGUUGUGUUUCUGAUUUAAAGCUUUAUUUCAAGAAAAAUGAACUGAAAAAUAGCUGCAAUCAGCACA